AUGGCCCUGCGCUCGUCUGCCGACCAGGCCGAACGCGCCGCCGACGGCUUCAGCUCCUUUCGUGCCCCUCUUCCCGAACAUGCCACCGAGAUCACCGGUCUGAUCUCUGACUUUUACGCUAUCAGUUCGUCCCUAUCGAGCCUGGAUGACCUCUCCAAAGAUCCUCGUUAUCGCCGUAGUUGGGCGCUUGUCCACCCCGAUGUGGAAUUGCUGCGCUCGAGUCUGAAGUACACCAUCGAAGAUAUACUGGACUUUUUCAACCGGUUAGACGGCGGUCAUGCCUCGUCAGAUACGUACCAACGAACAUGGUUGUCGAUAGAACGGUUCUUCUGGAACGAGGCCCAGUACUCGCUGGGUACUCGCUUGGCCAAGUAUAAGAGCUUUCUCAGGGAGCUCGUCGACGCGGUGAGAGACCCCCGCCAUGAAUCUCCGCUCCUCGCAGUUUCCCGCAGUAACACGAAAGUGUUACUCGUGGAGCAAGAGAAGCGCCUCGCACCGCGACUCGCUCGCCUCUCGCUGGGUCGUAAGCCACCAUCUACCGGAAGUACCAGCACGGAUCAGCCUAGUCCUCGAAAGGAACGUCGACCACCGCUUCGACAACGAUCGUACGAGAGAAGCCGUCCACCACAUGUAUCCCCUCAGUCCCCGACAUCACCAUCCUCGGCAUCUUUCUCCGAUUUCCCUCCUUCUGUCCCGGAGGUGCCGAGCUCGCCUCUGGGAUCUGCUUCGGCAACGGGUACUAGUCAAUCCACUCAUUCGGAUGUAAUUGAAUACCAUUGGGUUAAAGAAGUCUUUUCGACCUAUGACACCGAGACACCAAUCCCCCCAGGACGAGAAAGAGCCGGCUGCUUUGGCGACGCACACGCUGGGAUCAAACCGUGGCUUCGAGAGCAAGGUUUCGACUUGCUCCUUGAAUUAGCCUUUAAUGACGACUCGAAUAUGACUGUAUUCUUCUACCUGCGAGAACGAGACCAUCGCGUGCGUAUUGUCUGCAAGGUCCCGCAUAGGUCCCGACCGAGCGAUUACUAUUGUUUGCCGUUGAAUCUAUUGGAAGUCAUUCGGGAAGGGUCCUGCCUCCAGCUGUGCCGCAGACGUCAUGGCGGCAGUGAGCUUGUCUUGUGGGCAAGCAUUCAAUUUACAACCAUGGAGAGCAUGGUUGCGUUCUACGUAGCGUUUUUGGCCCUCCGUUCUCAAGACGCUGGUCAUCCCGUCGAGGAUAUCCGUGACUAUGAGUUGGAAGGUGAACGACAAAUAUAUGGCGGUCAAAUUAUCGACGACGAUUAUGCUCAUGCUCUUCGUGUUUACCGUGACAAGACAACCAAAUCUGUCAGGCUACAGGCCUCUGUCCACAAAGGGGAUAUGGACCACACCCCCGUCUGGACUGCUUUUAUCACCUCCCACCUUAGCCGACGCAGCUGGCUGCGUGUCGUCGACCAUCGAACCGUCAUCAUUCGUAAUCUGAAGCCUAUCGUUCUGAUACCAGCUGAUGACUAUACACCCCCGCUGAACGAUCGCAAUGAAUAUGAGCUGACAUUUGCAACCACCGAGGAUGCUGAUUCCUUCUUGGACCAAAUGGAAGCCCUGGCGGCCAAAUAUUAG